AAUCACACGGAAAGAUUUCAAACAAUAAAAAAAUGACUAUAGACAUAGGCUUGGUGCAUCCACCUACGCGCGUUUGGUGAUUUGUAAAUCAGCAGCUGUGUCUGGACGGAUGUUUGGCGUAAACAAGCACAAACACGGAGCAGACGCGAAGUGACGGGACACAGAGAGCCGUUCGGAUUUGGGCUACACUGGAGAUCGUUCAUCAUGGUGUCCGUAACGCGCUUCAGUAAGGCGUGUGUCGACUGCGUGGCUCUGUUGUUCUGCCUGGCCGUCAUGUGUGAGCUGGUUUCGGCUCAGAAUGACACGGAACCCAUCGUCCUGGAGGGCAAGUGUCUGGUGGUUUGUGACUCGAACCCCGCCGACUGGAAGAGCUCGUCCUCGCCUCUGGGCAUCUCCGUGCGCGCCGCCAACUCCAAAGUGGCUUUCUCCGCGGUCAGGAGCAACAACCACGAGCCCUCGGAGAUGAGCAAUAAAACGAGAAUCAUAUAUUUUGACCAGGUUCUUGUGAACAUAGGAAACUAUUUCACGCUGGACUCCGUCUUUCUUUGUCCCCGGAAAGGAAUCUACAGCUUUAACUUCCACGUCAUUAAAGUGUACCAGAGCCAGACUAUACAAGUGAAUUUAAUGCUGAAUGGAAAGCCAGUGAUCUCUGCCUUCGCCGGUGACAAAGACGUCACACGUGAGGCCGCCACCAACGGAGUCCUGCUGCACCUCAACAAAGAAGACAAGGUUUAUCUGAAACUGGAGAAGGGCAAUCUGGUAGGCGGCUGGCAAUACUCCACCUUUUCUGGCUUUCUUGUUUUCCCACUGUAA